AUGGCUCAGAGUAGGCAAAAGAGUUAUGUUGAUCGCAAGAUUCGUGAUUUAGAGUUUAUGGUUGGAGAGAGGGUUUUAUUGAAGGUUUCACCCAUGAAGGGUGUGAUGAGGUUUGGAAAUAAGGGCAAGUUGAGCCCAAGGUAUAUUGGUCCUUUCGAGAUUGUUGAGCGUAUUGGUGAGGUGGCGUAUCAAUUUGCUUUGCCACCUGGUUUGUCAAGUGUCCAUCCUGUAUUUCAUAUUUCAAUGCUUAAGAAGUAUCAUCAGGGUGGUGAUCAUGUGAUUCAAUGGGAUUCAGUGUUACUUGAUAAGAAUUUGACUUUUGAGGAAGAGCCGAUAACUAUUUUGGAUAGGCAAAUUCGGAAGCUAAGGUCCAAGGAGAUUGCUUCAGUAAAGGUUCAAUGGAAGCAUCGUCCACUAGAGGAGGCUACAUGGGAGACAGAGUUAGACAUGAGGAGUAAAUAUCCUCAUCUUUUUGAGCGUUCAGCAUUGAGGCAUGUGUAUCUCAAGGAUUGUGAAAUACAACUUCCAUGUUUCUUUAAGGAUUUGGUGCUGAAAGACAUAGACAAUCCGUACAUCAUGAGUAUUAAUGCUCCGAAGCUAAGGUCAUUUGUCUUUCGUGGCUAUAUACAAUUGAUAAAUCUUGAAAAUGUACCUGUUCUUUAUAAUGUUCUGUAUGCGCCUAGAGAAUUAGUUGUAGAGGACGAAGAUGAUUUUGUCAAUAUUUUUUCUUCUAUUCCUGGUCUCGAGUGUUUCAGCUGGGAUCUUUUUGAGGUCGAUAAUGGAUCAACUAAAGUUAUACCAACAAGGCUUCCAUCAGUUCUUAACUGUAUGAAACGCCUAUUCAUGUCUUGGAAUACUCUUGGAGAGUUUUUUGAGCUUUCGUUUGCUCUUUGCAUAAUACGGAGCUCUCCAAAUUUGGAAGAAACUGAAAUUAAGCCUCGUCAAAUGGAAACUAACAAAUCUCUCAACAACUAUUUUGAACAUGCGCGCUGGGAGGCUUUUGAUGAUAUUCCUGAAAGUUUCUCGGAUAUGACAUUUAAUCACCUGAGGACAGUAAAGAUUUAUGAUGCAAUAGGAGUAGCAGCUGAAAUGCAGCUUAUCAAGGUUCUAUUGGCCAAGUCUCCAACAAUUGUCAGAAUGAUAACCAAGCCCUCUGAAACGGAAGAUAAAAAAUCUUUUGAAGUACUCGCUGAGGUAACAAAAUUUCAGCGUACAUCAUCUAAAGCAGAAGUUGUGUAUAGAGUAGAUUAG